GCAAAGCACCAAAACGUUGACCAGAACCGAGAAGAAAUAAAUCAUGCUCGUUUGCUUGUUGAACACAAAAAGGCCGCAGCAUUUGUAAGCGGUGGAAUGGCAACGCAAGUGAUCCGAGAAGCGUUCCAGCUGCAAGGAAAUUACUGCAAGGUAACAAAAGAGUGAUCGCUGAAUUGACGCAGAAUUUCCCCUCUUUCGAGGCCACUUCGCCGCGUCAGAUCGUCGGCCAUGUUCAUCAGAAGCACCGCACUCCAGUAGUGGGUGACGAUCACCAACUCUCCCCACAGCUUGGUCACGCUGUUGGUCGCUAUGGAAUCGUUUCCAAACUGUACAGCGUGAUACAUUAAGUUCACAUUCGUCACGAACAUUUUGAGCAUCAGAAAGGCAAUGGUAACAUCAAAGAUGCCAAAGAGACUCCGCAUCAAUCGCUGGCCCUCGCAAUGCAGCUGAAAGAGAUGGCCCACGGUGUGGAGCGUUUGUCUGGCCAGCGAUGCCGACAGCAGCAGUGCGUUGCGCUCCUCGUGGUGCAGUCGCGAGCAGAGAUCCUUCAGGGCAAGAUUCACGCGCUCCAUCUGCCAGUAGAGGAGCAGACAGAUGACAUACAGGCCGGUCAUCAUGAUAGCCACAUAGACGAACUGCAUCAUGUGGACGACUACCAUUGUGAGAUUGCUGAACUGCACAUCCGUAUCGAUCCGCAUCAGAAGAAGCACGGCGGACACUAUGCUGAGAUUCAGAACAAAGAACCACUGACGCAGCAGGCUGCGAAUCCUUCUCUGUAGCUUUAUGUAGCCCGACGAAUGCAAGGCGCCGCUUUCCAGCAGCCAACAUCUGUGGCAGUGCCUCGCCAAGCUCUCGCCCAACUGCAGCAGCGGUUUCCUCUUGGUCCACGUCAGAUAACCGCAGGCAAGCAUCGCCAUUAUACGGGUAACGUUCGUCAGGUUGAACGCCCACUGCAGCACCAGCCUAUCACUCAUGUAGCUCUCAUCGUACAUAAAAACCGGAAAAGUGAAUGGCAGCAGUACAAUGAGCAGCACAUUCAGACAGGCCGUGUAUGCGAGGUAGCAGCGACGUUGAUGCGAUCGGUUACCGAAGUGAAUGCGGUCCCGGGCCCGGUCCAGUCGCAGUGGAGCCGGGAGCAGGCCACUGCACAGGCCAUAGCUAUGGAAGGUUUUCAGCAGCAAGCAGAUGCUCAUUUCAUCAACUGCUUCGGGGGACGGUAAGCUGGCAACUGAAUUCGUUGGAAGCAACUAGCCCUAGAUAAUGGGGAUUUGAUACGGCAGCUAUCAGGACGGGCCAUCAGAAUCCCAUCGGUGUGUAACCGACUUUUAGCUAAUUAAUGCUCGUCUCGUUCCUCCACAGGAGGUGCGCGUUUGAGUCCUAGACCAGUUGCCUGGCAGCCACGGCUACCCCAACAACAUGUUGCAUCCGAAAUUGGGUCUGGCUUUGCGUGUAGCCUACUACCACGCGCUCGUUUUUGGACUGAUGGGGACCACGCUGCAGAUUCGUGGCAAGAGCCGGCUCAUCCGCGUCGAGAAGGUGUCGUGGAUGUACCUGGCCUACAGCGUCCUCAUCAGCGGCUGUCUCCUGCUGGAUCUUUACUUUAUUGUGCCGCGCGCCAUCGUCGAUGGCUACAUUCACCACAACAUUGUCCUGCAGUGGAACUUCUUUUCGAUGUUGGUCCUGCGAAUUGCGGCCAUUUUCUGCAGCUAUGGACUCGUCUGGCUGCAGCGUCGACGACUCAUUAAGCUCUAUGUGUAUUCACUCUAUCUCUGGAGGAGCUACAGGCGGUUACUCAAGCGUCUGGUAGACCAGCGGACCCUGGAGGAGUUACAACUCUCAGUGACGAGCCAUUUCUGGCGGAACACCAUUGUCGUCUAUGGAUCGCUGCUCUGUUCGAGUGUCGUACAGUAUCAACUGCUUAGCGUGAUCAAUCGUCAGAGCCUGAUGGCCUUGUUUUCGAGACUCUCCCAAAUACUACACGUCGUGGCAGUCAAAAUUGCCUUCUACGCGCUGCUCCAGAUGCUCGAUCAUCAGUUCCGGGUCGUGCACCUGGCCCUUAGGGCUCUCCAGAGACGCAGAGGUGGAAAAAAGAAGGUGGUGGAUCUUCGACGCAUAGCAGCCUUGCAUUUGGACACAUAUCAGCUGGCCAGGCGCUUCUUUGGCCUGUACGAUGUGGCCAAUGCCAUGCUGUUUGUCACUAUGUUUAUGACCUCCAUGAGCAUCCUCUACCAUGCCGUGCUGUACAACAACCAGUCCAUCCAUUCCGACGGUUGGGGCGCUCUCUUUGGCAGUGGCCUGGUUGUGUCCAACAUUUACAGCACUCUGAUGCUCAUGGACUUGCUGGAUCACGUGGUCAGCUCGUGCAACGAUGUUGGCCAGACCCUACGACAGUUUAGCAAUCUCCGGAAGAUCAGCAAAGAGCUGCAAAUAGGGUUGGAGAUUUUCGGCAGUCAGGUGCACCGUCAUCGUUUGGUUUAUAAAAUAUGCGGCCUGGUGGAGAUCAACAACUCCGCGUGCCUCAGCUACAUUAGUUGCAUACUCAGCAAUGUGAUCAUUCUCAUGCAGUUUGAUUUGAGGCGCAAGCAGGAGGCAUACGUUGAGCAAACAUUAUAAUCGACUACUGCAGGGAAUAGGUGGAAAGUUACAUGGCAUUUAUUUCAUACAUGUUCUGUAGGGGUUUCAUACAUUUAAUUAUAAACAAAAUUUUGUAUUUUAUGGCAUAGGAAUAAUUGUCAAGCUUUAGUUGUUUAUAGUAUGUAUCAUUUGCCAAGGCUUAUAUGGCGAGGACACUUCGAAAUGAAAGCUUUUUUAGAGCCCUUGAGCUUUGUUUUAUAGCGG